AUGAUGAAGAAAUUGAAGCAGCAGCAGCGUCGACUACAGCAGCGGUGUAAGGUCAGGGCACCAGUCGAUCGUCGUCGAGUGCUUAGAGGUAUCAGGCAUCCGCUUGGCACGUACACGGCGCCCGACGAGAUAGCUGCUUGUAUUUCAUUUUAUUGGGGCCCAGUUUUUGAUUCCAAACCGAUAUUCGAGGCCUCGGCGAAGGUCUACAUUGAGAAGUUGACGAAACACGUGGUCCUUUCGAACUUCCCCCCGAGCAAGCGUAUGAUCGAAAAGCAGCUCUCUCUUGUGCAUCAUAGUGGGCCAGGGCCAGACUUGCUGCCCUGCGCCGCGUGGCAGCGCGCGCCCAUGGCCGUGGACAUCCUAGAUGAGGUGAUGGUUUGGAUAUUGUAG